CUUUAUUCAGUAUUUGUAUUUUGUAUCGUGUGUCGUAUUUCGACAGCUUAUUUGAAAACUUAUAAUAUUAAGUUGACGUGUAAAUUGCGUGUUUAUAGAAAGCAUAAGCAUAACACUUAUUUUCAUGCUUUGAAUAGAACAGUAUUUCAAACCUUAAAAAUACUCAAAGAACAGGAUCGGAGCAGGUUGAACAUAUUUAUUUAUUGGAACCUUUUUAGCGUGAACUGAAUUUUCUCUGUUACAGAGCAACAAAGUUUUCAACGGAAACAACGUUAAUACACAGCAAAUCAAGCAUGUCAAUGUUGUUUCGAAGAGCCACAUCGACUGAAGGACGAAUGAAGCGGAGCAGUAAUGAAAUCAACACAAGGGAUAUGUCGACGAAGAAAAAGGUCAUAAGGAAGGUUCAAGAGCUUAGCGGGGACGGUAAAGUCAAGGUCACCUCUGCGUGGACCAUUGAUAUGUCAAACUCCCAGUACAGGGUCUCCUUUUCUCGGGAUAAUCUUCAUGUCUGGAUUAACGGGACGGCGGUGGAGACAACGUGCUAUAUUACCGACCACGGUUACGACGUGGACCUUUUCUUCACGCUGGAGGGCCAGGAAGGACACAUCUACAGCGACGUCGAGGGACACGAGAUGAUGAACUAUCUGCUCAUCAACGGCGAGAUAAAGGGGCAGGACUACCAAACGAAAGUGGAUAGCGCGGAAUAAUAUUUCUUAAAAAAGUAUGGGACUAUUUUAAGCGCGUAAGAACGGACGGAGAAGAAGGUGGUGGAUGUUGAUACGUUGUUUGAAAUUUGCGUACUGAAAAGACAAUAGCUUAUAUUUAGAUUUAAUUUAAUGGAAUUAUCAAUAACUUAUAUUAGUUGAAACGAAGGUAAUUUUGAAAACUGAUUCUACCAUGACUGUAUGUUUACAAACUUGAGUAGUUUGCGUACGAUGCAGGCCCAUCCACACCGCCAAGUUGCUAUUUUUAGCUGAUUUAAUUCUCCUUUUUAAAUUCAUUGUUUUUUUAGGUCUCAAUGCAAAUCGAUGUUUUCAUUAUACCAUUUAUGCCUAGCGUCUAGAAAAAAGGCAUUGGGAAA